CUACACACACACUACACCACACUAGGGCUAUUUUCUUCGUCUUGUCUUGUCUUUCCACCAUGCUAGCCAUGCCAACACCGGGCCAGCACCAGCACUAGACCAGGCAAUGCGCGAACACAUACAUGCAUGGUCCACGGUCCACGGUCUUUGUCUCCUGCAGCCUCAUCUUCUCGGAAUAAUCAUAAUCAUCGUCAUCAUCGUCCCAUCCUAUCCUAAUUCUGCUAAUUCUGAAUUGUUUCGAAGCUUUGCGAAUCGCUUCGGUCUUCUGCAAACGCAUAUUCGCAUAUUCGAACUGACGUUGAGCCCUGAAGAGAUCAUCAGUACCGUUGCCCUGUUCGCCAUUUGUGCAUUUUCUUCUACAUUGGGUACAUUGGGGAUGACAAGGUGAUCACCUAGUCGAGCCUAGUCAAUUCCUUGCGUCAUCAUGUCAGAGCCGCCCUAUACUAGGAUCUAGGCAACUUUUCGAUU